UGAAAAUACAUGUAUAAUGAUAAUAUUUAUCUAGAAACUACUGUACUUAGCCUUCACUGACACUGGAAUGGGAUAAAAGCAGUGGGGUUGAGUACUUCCGUGUUUUCUUUAUUGACCGGGAAGUUGUGUCCAGUCCUCUGUCCCCGGGGGUACACAUUACGUCACUACGGACACGUGUAUUUAGAACUAUAAACAACAGGGGUAUACCAGUCUUCAUAGGGAACACGCGUACAGAAUGGGAUUCAUCAGUAAUUUAGAUAUCGCCCUGACUUGGAUCCUUCCAUGCUUGUGUAUUGUUGACGGCUGUAUCAAGGUCUUUCCAUUCAAUACAGAGCUUUAUGGAGAAAUUGCGAGAGAAUUUCAGGAUUUUUCCAAGGUUUGCCCUUUGACCUUGAUCGGAUACACACCUAACCCAGACAAUUACAGGAUAUUUGUCGGAGUGUACGAGGUGGCUUGUAGUCUGGCUGUACUCUUCUCCAGUGAAAUAAAAACUGUAGCUACAGGGAUUCUGGCUCUUAUUUCCGGUGGUGCUGUUUUUACCCAUAUUGCACUUGGAGAUACUACUUCCGCCAUACCACCCGCUGUGACGGGAACGUUGUUCUUGUUUUUGUAUAUCAGGGCUUAUAUGGCAUCUUUGGAGUCAACACCAAAACAGUCCAAAUACAAAGUACCAAAGAAACUCAAAACCAAAUGAAUAAUAAUUCAGCGAAUAAAUUGAAUGUGUUAA